GCGCACCCAGCCUGAAACAAACCUCCAUUUAGUGGGGCAGUCUUUGCAAAAUAUCGUCAGCUGAACUCGAUUAACUUAUCAGGAUGCCUGGCGCCAGGCAUAAAAUCCUUGGCCAUGUACUCUCGGGAUUCUGUCACAAGAUGAACCGACGCAAACCUCUCUACGGCGAGAUGGAGACCCCGCUCAAUCGAUGCCUAACAACUCUUGAUAUCACAUUACUAGGCGUAGGUCACAUGGUAGGCGCCGGUAUCUAUGUUCUUACGGGCACCGUAGCGCGCCACAUGGCUGGUCCAGCAACAGCCCUCAGCUUCUUACUCGCUGGCAUAACAUCUACCCUCGCUGCAUUGUGUUAUGCUGAAUUCGGAACACGUAUACCGCGAGCGGGUAGUGCUUAUGCUUAUACAUACGUAAGCAUUGGGGAAUUUUGGGCGUUUAUCAUUGGAUGGAAUAUCGUCUUGGAAUAUAUGAUAGGAGCAGCAUCAGUGGCCAGAGCGUGGUCAGGAUAUUUGGACGCAAUGGUCGACGGCGCCAUAAGCAAUGCUACUAUCUCAAUUACUGGAGAAAUGCACGAUUCGUUAUUGAGCAGAUAUCCAGAUGUCCUAGCUUUUAUCAUUUGUAUCGUAGCAUCCUUAAUUUUAGCAGUAGGAGUAAAAACGUCUGCUAUCAUUAACAACGGUCUCACUAUUCUAAAUCUUCUUGUGAUUACACUCGUCAUAAUCUUGGGCUUCUACUACGCUGAUAUAGAAAAUUGGUCAGAAAAGAACGGUGGUUUCAUGCCAUAUGGCUUUAGCGGGGUUUUGGCUGGAGCCGCUACCUGUUUCUAUGCGUUCGUUGGUUUUGAUAGCAUAUCUGCAUCAAGCGAAGAAGCUAAAGAUCCUACUCGUUCGAUUCCGAUAGCAACAAUUUUAUCUAUGGCGCUGGUUGCUUUUGGUUACAUUUUGGUUGCUAUAGCACUCACUCUCAUGGUACCCUAUCAAACUAUAAAUCCUGAAGCUGCACUGCCGGCAGCUUUGGGUGCAGUCCAUGCGGACUGGGCUAAAUAUGCUGUGGCCAUUGGUGCCGUGUGUGGCAUGACAACCACCUUGCUCGGCUCUUUAUUCUCCCUGCCUCGAUGUCUUUACGCUAUGUCUGCCGACGGUUUGUUAUUUGGCUUCCUCAGCGACGUUAAUAACAAGUCACAAAUACCAACUUGUAAUCUAAUAAUAGCUGGUUUUUCUUCAGCUCUAAUAGCCCUAUUUUUUGAUUUGGAGAAACUGGUUGAAUUUAUGUCCAUUGGGACUUUGUUGGCGUAUACAAUUGUCAGCGCUGCUGUUAUAAUAUUGCGAUAUAGACCAAAUCAAACUGUGGACGAUAGCAGUUUCGGAGCGCCUCCGUUGGAAUCACCUGGUGAUCGAGAAGAUAGUUCCGCGACAGGAACGCCAGGUACUGAUGGAGGAUCCUCCUCUUCGGAAAUGUUCGAAGCUUUAACAGUGGGUCGUCUCCGCGCUCAAUACGCGUGGUUGGAACCUUUAGCAGGGGGCAGGGCACCUGGUACAGCGGUGACUGGCUGCGUUUAUACCUUCACUAUAGCAGCCGCCGCCCUUUGCGCUCACAACCACUUCCUCGCAGAACAUGUAGCACUAUGGGCGCUAUUGCCGGACAUUAUACUCAGUUUUAUAAUUUUUGCUUGUUUGGUAAUAAUCUGGGCGCACCAGCAGAGUCCCACUCGCAUUCCAUUCAAAGUGCCGUGGGUGCCUUUGCUGCCAGCUGCCAGCGUGAUGCUCAAUGUGGAACUCAUGGUUAACCUUAACGCGUUGACUUGGGCACGAUUUGCUAUUUGGAUGACUUUCGGCCUACUUCUCUACUUCUUAUACGGAAUUCAUCACAGUAAGCUAGGCGAGGGGGUUACCGGGUUGCUGUCGAGAUCUGCAAGUGGCGGUGGACAUAGCGGUGGAUGGGGCGCAGUAGAGAAAACGAACGCUCUUGCCCGUCGUAUCGGUCGUUUAGGUCGCGGUAGUAAGGGUGAUGACCGCAAGCCUAUCAUAUGCGACGAUGAACUCAAUCGACGGGAACCGUGAUUUUAAAAUGAUUGUUGUACUUCGUUAAUUGGGUCUCCGAUGAUAAUGAGGCAUGUCGCGACGAAUAUCUUGAUUUACU